UUAACUCUUUAAAGGUAGGUUCGUGACCCUUGAGAAAAUAGUUGGUGGUAAAUGUGCCACGUCUUCUAAGAAGGGGGAGUCCUGAACUUGCCUGAAGCCCUUGUCCCUAAGCCUUGAAGUAUGUUCUUAAAUCUAUGAAGUCGAGGGCCCUUUCGCUGCUUUUGUAGGGACUUCUUUCCUUGCUUCAGCAACAUGAGGCUUUUCUUGUGGAACGCGGUCUUGACUCUGUUCGUCACUUCUUUGAUUGGGGCUUUGAUCCCUGAACCAGAAGUGAAAAUUGAAGUUCUCCAGAAGCCAUUCAUCUGCCAUCGCAAGACCAAAGGAGGGGAUUUGAUGUUGGUCCACUAUGAAGGCUACUUAGAAAAGGACGGCUCCUUAUUUCACUCGACUCACAAACAUAACAAUGGUCAGCCCAUUUGGUUUACCCUGGGCAUCCUGGAGGCUCUCAAAGGUUGGGACCAGGGCUUGAAAGGAAUGUGUGUAGGAGAGAAGAGAAAGCUCAUCAUUCCUCCUGCUCUGGGCUAUGGAAAAGAAGGAAAAGGUAAAAUUCCCCCAGAAAGUACACUGAUAUUUAAUAUUGAUCUCCUGGAGAUUCGAAAUGGACCAAGAUCCCAUGAAUCAUUCCAAGAAAUGGAUCUUAAUGAUGACUGGAAACUCUCUAAAGAUGAGGUUAAAGCAUAUUUAAAGAAGGAGUUUGAAAAACAUGGUGCGGUGGUGAAUGAAAGUCAUCAUGAUGCUUUGGUGGAGGAUAUUUUUGAUAAAGAAGAUGAAGACAAAGAUGGGUUUAUAUCUGCCAGAGAAUUUACAUAUAAACACGAUGAGUUAUAGAGCUACAUCUACCCUUUUAAUAUAGCACUCAUCUUUCAAGAGAGGGCAGUCAUCUUUAAAGAACAUUUUAUUUUUAUACAAUGUUCUUUCUUGCUUUGUUUUUUAUUUUUAUAUAUUUUUUCUGACCCCUAUUUAAAGAACCCCUUAGGGUUUCUAAGUACCCAUUUCUUUCUGGUAAGUUAUUGGGAAGAAAAAGCUAAUUGGUCUUUGAAUAGAAGACUUCUGGACAAUUUUUCACUUUCACAGAUAUGAAGCUUUGUUUUACUUUCUCACUUAUAAAUUUAAAAUGUUGCAACUGGGAAUAUACCACGACAUGAGACCAGGUUAUAGCACAAAUUAGCACCCUAUAUUUCUGCUUCCCUCUAUUUUCUCCAAGUUAGAGGUCAACAUUUGAAAAGCCUUUUGCAAUAGCCCAAGGCUUGCUAUUUUCAUGUUAUAAUGAAAUAGUUUAUGUGUAACUGGCUCUGAGUCUCUGCUUGAGGACCAGAGGAAAAUGGUUGUUGGACCUGACUUGUUAAUGGCUACUGCUUUACUAAGGAGAUGUGCAAUGCUGAAGUUAGAAACAAGGUUAAUAGCCAGGCACGGUGGCUCAUGCCUGUAAUCCCAGCACUUUGGGAGGCUGAGGUGGGCGGAUCACCUGAGGUUGGGAGUUCAAGACCAGCCUGACCAACAUGGAGAAACCCUAUCUCUACUAAAAAUACAAAAGUAGCCGGGCGUGGUGAUGCCUGCCUGUAAUCCCAGCUACCCAGGAAGGCUGAGGCGGCAGAAUCACUUGAACCCAGAGGCGGAGGUUGCGGUAAGCCAAGAUCACCUCCAGCCUGGACACUCUGUCUCGAAAAAAAGAAAAGAAACACGGUUAAUAACAUAUAAAUGUGUAUGCAUUGAGACAUGCUACCUAGGACUUAAGCUGAUGAAGCUUGGCUCCUAGUAAUUGGUGGCCUAUUAUGAUAAAUAGGACAAAUCAUUUAUGUGUGAGUUUCUUUGUAAUAAAAUGUAUCAAUAUGUUAUAGAUGAGGUAGAAAGUUAUAUUUAUAUUCAAUAUUUACUUCUUAAGGCUAGCGGAAUAUCCUUCCUGGUUCUUUAAUGGGUAGUCUAUAGUAUAUUAUACUACAAUAACAUUGUAUCAUAAGAUAAAGUAGUAAACCAGUCUACAUUUUCCCAUUUCUGUCUCAUCAAAAACUGAAGUUAGCUGGGUGUGGUGGCUCAUGCCUGUAAUCCCAGUACUUUGGGGGCCAAGGAGGGUGGAUCACUUGAGAUCAGGAGUUCAAGACCAGCCUGGCCAACAUGGUGAAACCUUGUCUCUACUAAAAAUACAAAAAUUAGCCAGGUGUGGUGGUGCACACCUGUAGUCUCAGCUACUCGGGAGGCUGAGACAGGAGAUUUGCUUGAACCCGGGAGGCGGAGGUUGCAGUGAGCCAAGAUUGUGCCACUGCACUCCAGCCUGGGUGACAGAGCAAGACUCCAUCUCAAAAAAAAAAAGAAGCUGACCUACAGCAGCUACUAUUGAAUAAAUACCUAUCCUGGAUUUUAAAAAAGAAAAAAUAUAUCCUAAUUUUAUUUUAAAUUGGCUUUUAUCUUUAAUUCUUUUUUUUUUAAGGUUAUCAAAUCUUCAUUUUCUAAGAGUAGCCCUUUAUAGUGUACAAAAUGAUAUUAAGUGCAUUAUUAUCUUUGCUUUUCAUGGCUCUGAGUCAUAAAACAAGUUGGUGGAUCUCACUAUACCUAAUUUAUAGAUGAAGAAAUUGUCAUUCAAAAAGAUUGACUGUUAUGCCCAGGGUCAGCACUAACCUGCAGAACCAGUAUUCAGUCCCCAAGUUCAGUGUCUUCUACUGCCCUCUACUAAUGAAAAAGUGAAAAUUUCCCUGAGGUCUAAUUCUCUCUUCAGUUUGCUGUUCCGUUGUUUAUCUUUGAGUCUUCAUUCUCUGAAGAUGGCUUUCUGCCUGUUUCUGGUACAUUAGAAUUCUCACUAUGAUAUAGAAAUGGCUCCAGUUUCAUAGCAUAAUCUUGCAGUUAGCUCUGAAUUGCCUCAAAAACCCUGAACAACGCGAGGUUCCAGAUGUGUUUUACUUCUUUCAUUCAUAUUUACCCCCAUUUGUUGUUUAAAAAGAAUUAUGAACAAUUAUUACAUCAUAUGUAGACCACUUUCACUGAUUAUUGACAUUUUCCUCAGUAAAACAUAAAGUUCUUAACAAGACUAUACUGUAACACCUUUCUCCAACAAAAUCAGCUGUAUGUUGAAAACUAUUAAGUCAUUGCUAAUGUUUUAAGCCAUAAUACAGAGAGCCUUAUACUCUCGAUGGGAGAAGGGAAAGUAGUUUGUCCGAUGGUGCUACUCUGUAUAAACAUUACUGAUGCUAUCUAUAGUAGGGCAAGAAAAGUAAAAAGAGUUUUGAUUAUUCAGGCAGCAUUUUUAAAAACCUGUGAAUUUGUAUCAGUUCUCAUCUAAACAUUUGGACACAAGUAUAAAAUGAAAACAUAUGCACAA